CAGCGUCUGCGCAUACGCGGAACAUAAAGGGAGCGGAGCAGCGGAGCCUGUCAACUAUCGAGUAUUUACAGUAGAAAGAAGUUUCCUUCUCUGCAGGAUAAAAGUCUGACUUACAGAUAUACUGUACCAUGAUCAAUCUCUGCAGACAAACUGCUGGUUCCAGUCCAGUGAUGUCCUCCCUGUGGUCGGAGCAGGGGCCCCUGCUGGGCAGAAAUGGUACCUCGCCCUCUGACUUCACAGACAACAGUAGCUGCUAUAGCGCCACACAGAGCACUGUCCUCAACAACGUUGUCUACUUUGGAGGAGUACCAGUUGUGCUACUGCUUGAUUUCAUUGUCUUCCUGAUGUUGCUGAUCGUCUUCUCUAUUAUCAGGAGGAAGUUCUGGGACUAUGGGCGCCUGGCGUUAGUUGCAGACAAGGAAGGGUUCACUGAGUCAACACACCGUCGCUAUGGACACAUGUCAUCCAUCGUGGAUGAACCUGAGAAUGAGUUGGGAUUCUGCUCUUGGCUGCCUUACAUCCUCAGAAUGGAUGAGGACAAAAUAAAAGCCAGGUGUGGCAUAGACGCUGUUCACUACCUGUCCUUCCAGCGUCAUCUGAUCAUCCUGCUGUUGGUCAUAUGUGUCGCCUCCCUCUCAGUCGUACUACCCGUCAACCUGACAGGAGACCUGCUGGGUGAUGAUCCAUGGAAUUUUGGAAGGACAACUCUUGGGAAUCUUCAAAAGGGAAAUGACCUGUUAUGGCUGCACACGGUGUUUGCAGUUCUGUACCUGACCCUGACAGUCAUUCUGCUGCGACAUCACACAUCACAAAUGAAAGGCUUACGCAGAGAGACAACCAGAAACACUUUAUUUGUGUGUUCAAUCCCUAAAAUAGCAACAGAAGAAGCCGUUAAGACCCAUUUCCAAGAGGCAUACCCUUCCUGUCGAGUGUGUGCUGUGACCCUGGGCUAUGAUGUGGCCAAGCUUAUGCACCUUGAUAAGGAAAGGAUGCGAGCUGGAAAAAACCUGUGCUACUAUGAGCGUGUCCUGCAGACCACAGGGAAACCUGUGCUGAUUAACCCCCGUUUCUGUGGUCACUUCUGUUGCUGUGCCAACUCUGAGAAGGUUGAUGCCAUAGAGUACUACAGUACUAAAGAAAAAGACCUGCUGUUAGAGGUGCAGAAGCAGGUAGAACAGGUGCAAGAGCGCCCCUUGGGGAUUGCCUUCGUCACUUUGGAGACCGAGGCUAUGGCCAAGUACAUUCUGAAAGACUUCAAUGCACUCAAGUGUGGCGGCACAAACCGCUGUUAUGGGAGGGAGCUCCAAACUUCAUCCAACAGCGAAACUCUGAAAGUGAAGAGGUGGAGGGUCAGCUUUGCACCCCAUCCCAAAAACGUGUAUUGGGACAAUCUGUCAGUGCAGGGUUUUACUUGGUACAUGCGCUAUGUGACGCUCAACUUCUUACUUUUCCUCCUGCUCACCUUCCUCACGACUCCCACCAUCAUUAUCAACACCAUCGACAAGUUCAACGUGACUAAGCCCAUCUACUAUCUCAAUAACCCUGUCAUCAGUCAGUUCUUCCCCACUCUCCUGCUGUGGACCUUCUCUGCCUUGCUGCCCACCAUAGUCUAUUAUUCUACACUAGGAGAGUCACACUGGAGCAGGUCUACUGAGCAGCUGAGCAUGAUGCGCAAGCUGUACUUCUUCCUGCUCUUCAUGGUGCUUAUCCUCCCCUCGCUAGGACUCACUAGUCUUGACGUGUUUUUCCGCUGGCUGUUCGAUAAAGAGUUUCUCUCAAGUGGGAAACUGAGGUUUGAGUGUGUGUUCUUACCCGACCAAGGGGCGUUUUUUGUCAACUAUGUGAUCACGGCGGCCCUGGUGGGCUCUGGGAUGGAGUUGCUGCGUUUGCCAGGGUUACUGAUUUACACCAUCCGUAUGGUGCUUGCUCGCUCUGCUGCUGAGCGGAAAUAUGUAAAACAGAACCAGGCCUAUGAGUUUGAAUAUGGAGCCAUGUAUGGCUGGAAUCUUUGUGUGUUCACUGUCAUUAUGGCUUACAGCAUCACAUGUCCUAUUAUCACACCUUUUGGUCUCUUGUACAUGAUGCUGAAGCACAUGGUGGACAAACAUAACCUGUUCUUUGCCUACCUGCCUGCCCGCCUUGACAGCCAGGUCCACCUUGGAGCUGUCAAUCAAGCUCUGGCUGCGCCCAUCAUCUGCCUAAUAUGGCUUUACUUCUUUUCUGUCCUCAGAACAGGUUUCAAGACUCCCACAUCUUUGUUCACACUGGUGGUUCUGUUCAUCACUGUCUUCAUCUGCGUCGGCUACACCUGCUUUGGCCAUUUCAAGUACCUCAGUCCACACAACUACAAGGUGAAGGAGGAGGAUGGGGAAACAGCAAAGGGACUAGAAGAAAACACCAUGGUCUACCUUCCCAGAGUGCUUAAUCCCAAAUCACCUGCCAGCGCUCCACAGGAGUCUAAAGCGCCCCAGUCUUACGGCUCUACAGAGGGCAGUCCAGCCUACUGCUACGGCCCAGGGGAGGAAAGCAUGUCAGAUUGCUGAAUCAGUGUAUUUCAACGCUGAGUCAAAACUUUGGAGUCAGGAUUCCCACGGCUCCUGAUCGUAAAUGUGCUUCCUUCACAUUGAUUUCAGCAUUAAAGUCAAGUCAGAGUUUGAAUUCAUUUCCAUCAUACUGCUCAGUCAGGCUGUCCCAUUGAGAGAAAAUCAUGCAAUGGAUUCCAAAGACCAAUGCUGUGUCAUCCAACUUCUUGAACUUAAAUUGCUUUCUGCAGGUAAGAAGGACUUUUAUAUUUGAAUCAUUAUUUGCACUUGAUCAGCAUAGCACACACACGCAUCCAUGAGAAACCAGCUCCUGUUUCAGUCUUACCUGUCAUUAAUCCCAUUUUCUUGUUGUAUUGUUCUGUAUGAGACCUCUCUGAUAAAGACCAAAUUCACCAAGGUAUGUUUAACCAAAACCCGCCAUUUCAAAUAAGCCAUAAUGUUUGUGAAAAGAAUGCUGGAAAUAAUUUCUUUCACAAGCUGAAGCUAAUAGUGCAAACAUUACCAGAACAAGAAAUUCAAGUCAGCAUCUGCCAAAGAGGUGGACAAGGAGAGCUUGCUGUUUCUGUCCAGUUUAGAUUUCUUUAUAGUGCCUUUUUUGUUGCCAGAGGACAACACCUGCCAAGUGAAUAACCUAUUGCCUAACAUUAAUAAUGCACUUUUUGUAUCAAGAGAGGCCUGUUGUUACAAGAGAUUAAUGUUUUUACUAUUGUAAUUUGACAAGAGGACAACCAUGUAUAUUAGUUUUAGGGGAGUUUUGCAACCAAAGUUUUAUUUUGAUGAUGAUGAUGAUGAUGAUGGUUGGAGCCAUUAUUUCCAUUGAAUAGGUCACGGUUUAUUUGUAUUUAAUGUACUUAUGUUUUGCAGCUUUUCUAAAUGUGCAUUUUAACAAGGAACUAAAUCCUAAAGGAACAGAGUGUUGAAGUUAGACAGAUAAAAUGUCUUCAGAUCACAAACCACAGCUUUGUACAGAAUAUGGCCAAUUUCAAUAUUAAACAAUCUUACAUGCAGUAUUGAAAUAAAAACAGGAACAACUUCA